AUGGUCGAAGACAACUUCCUACAACAAUUCAUUCUUAGCCCUACCCACAUCGCUGGCAAUAUAUUCGACCUGCAGUUAUGUAACACUCCCAACAUCAUUGGUGACGUUUCCCUAUCCCAUCCUGAGUCUUGUGGUUUUCCAACAGAUCAUUACAUUGUGGAACUUGAAAUUCAUCUUAAGUUCAAAAGAGCUACGCCAGUUAAUCGCCAGGUUUUCGAUUACAAAAACGGAAACUUAGAUAGUCUGCGUAGUUAUCUUACACAAUUUCCUAUAGGUAUUGUUCCAACAAAUAAUAUUGAUGACUGCUGGUAACAAUAUGGAAAUAUGCUUUCCUGACUGCAGUGAAGAGGUAUGUGCCAAUGAAAACGGUCAAAGACACCAACACUCCCCCAUGCCAUGGGUCGAUAAAGAAGUACGCAAUUAAUCAGCAGAAAAUACAAAGCACUGAAAAAAUACCGUAUGAACAAAAUCUUCGGUAUUCCAUCCACCCUCAACCCGUUCAGCUCCUAGUGAUUACCCAGACCUUUUGGAAUCAGAGGGACAAAUUUCCGAGAUAUUGCUCGAUGUUGAUGACGUUUCACAAUGUUUGAGCUACCUUGAUACUCCGAAAGCAACCGGCCCCGACGGUAUUCCAUCUCAACUUCUGCAAGCAUGUAACCUCGAAAUCGCACCAAGCAUCUGUGAACUGUUCAACCAUUCUUUGGAUACUGGUCAUAUAUGGGAAUCCGCUAAUGUCACUCCCGUUCAUAAAAAGGAACGUAUAGAACCAGCCGAGAAUUACAGACCGAUUUCGUUGCUGCCCAUCCUUGGAAAAGUUUUGGAACGUUGUGUGUGCCUCCGAUUUUACGACCAUAUUAGACACCUGAUCAAGGUAUCACAACAUGGCUUUCUACAAGUUUCUAAGACAACGAUCAUGCGUCACACAGUUCUUAUCUGCUCUACACGCCAUUGGACAAUUCCUCGACAAAAAUAUCCAAAUCGACAUUGUCUACUUAGAUUUCGCCAAAGCUUUCGACUCUGUCGACCACCAAAUCCUACUGCAGAAGCUAAAAUCAAACGGUGUGAGAGGCCAGUUGUAUAA